UUUACAAAAUAUAUAGAAAAUUUGGAAGUCUUCAGAGGCAGCUCUUCCAUAUAUUGCAGACUUGCAGAACGCAUCUUCCCCAACUACUCUACACACCUACCACCGGCCAUCGCCGGCGAGCUCCUACCUUCCCAGUACUAAAGCUUCUCAUUCUAUCUCUCCAACAACAAAAAGAAUAAAGAAAAAUCUACAACCAUGGCAGGUGCCGCUAAACCUCACCAAAAACGCAUGAUCAACCUCACAACUCUCACCCUCGUCGCCAUGCUCUGCUCCGCUUCCUACCUCGCCGGAGUUUGGCAACAAAACGGAAAAACCUCUGCCUCCAUCGCCUGCGACAACGCCCCCUUAACCAACUCCCAAGUUACAUCUCCUCAUCUCGACUUCACCGCCCACCACGCCGCCGACAAUUCAGCCGCACUUUCUCAGCCGACUCACUACUACUCGCCUUGCUCCGCCGACUUGUCGGAGUACACGCCUUGCGAAGACGUGCGGCGUUCGCUCAAGUUCCAGCGCGACCGCCUUAUUUACAGGGAACGUCAUUGCCCUGAAAAAGGCGAGAUUUUGAAGUGUUUGAUUCCGGCGCCGAAGGGAUACAGGACUCCGUUUCCUUGGCCGGCGAGUAGAGAACUUGCUUGGUUUGCGAACGUUCCGCACAAGGAGCUUACUGUUGAGAAGGCGGUGCAGAACUGGAUACAAGUUGAGGGCGAAAAGUUUCGAUUCCCUGGUGGGGGAACUAUGUUCCCUAACGGUGCCGAUGCUUAUAUUGAUGAUAUCGACCGGCUUAUUUCGCUUAGCGAUGGCUCGAUUCGGACUGCCAUUGAUACAGGAUGCGGGGUGGCGAGCUGGGGAGCUUUUCUUUUAUCCAGGAAUAUCUUAGCCGCAUCUUUCGCGCCGAGGGAUUCUCACGAAGCGCAGGUGCAGUUCGCUCUCGAGCGCGGUGUGCCGGCAUUGAUCGGAGUUCUGGCUUCAAAUCGCCUUCCUUACCCCGCCCGCGCCUUCGACAUGGCGCACUGCUCGCGGUGUCUUAUCCCCUGGCAUCAAUAUGAUGGGCUUUACUUGAUAGAAAUCGAUAGAAUACUCCGGCCAGGUGGGUACUGGAUUCUAUCAGGCCCGCCCAUCAAUUGGAAGCGGCACUGGAAGGGAUGGCAGCGAACUCAAGAAGACCUGAACGAAGAGCAAAAUUCCAUUGAAUCUGUCGCCCGUAGCCUUUGCUGGAAUAAGAUAAAGGAGAAGGACGACAUCGCAAUCUGGCAAAAGCCCGCCAACCAUGUACACUGCAAAGUCAACCGCAAGAUCAUUAAAACUCCACCUUUUUGCUCUACCCCCAAUCCAGACUCCGCCUGGUACACAAAGAUGGAACCUUGCAUCACUCCUCUCCCUGAUGUCACCGGUACCAAUGAAAUUGCCGGCGGCGAGCUCAAGAAAUGGCCCGAGAGGCUCACGGCCGUGCCGCCUAGGAUCGAAAGCGGCAGCGUUAAUGGCGUUAAUGCCGACAGCUUCCUGCAGGACACUGAACUAUGGAGGAAGAGGAUCGGGCAUUAUAAGAUGGUGAUCCCACAGCUUGGACAACAGGGGAGAUAUCGCAACGUGCUCGACAUGAACGCGAAGCUCGGUGGCUUCGCUGCAGCGCUCAUUGAAGAACCGCUAUGGGUGAUGAAUGUUGUUCCGACGGCGGCGAACGCCGACGCCGACGCUCUAGGCGUCGUUUAUGAGAGAGGAUUGAUUGGAACAUACCAAGACUGGUGCGAGGCGAUGUCAACUUAUCCAAGGACCUACGAUCUUCUCCAUGCCGAUUCCCUGUUUACACUCUACAAAGAGAGGUGCGAGAUGGAGAAUAUACUACUGGAGAUGGAUAGGAUUCUGAGGCCCGAAGGGACGGUGAUCAUAAGAGAUGACGUGGAUUUAGUGGUGAGGAUUAAGAGCAUCACUGAUGGGAUGAGAUGGAAAAGCCAGAUAGUAGACCACGAAGAUGGGCCCCUCCAGAGAGAGAAGCUUCUCUUGGCUGUUAAGACCUACUGGACUAUAGACGACAAGAGCCAAGAGGAAUCUUCCUGAAAAAGGAAGAAAGAUAAAAAAGAUUAGGCUGUUUUGUUUAUUGUUUUAUUUUAAUUUGUUUAAUAUUAAUCAGUUAUAAUAUUGGUAAUUGGUGUCAUUUUAAUGUAAUUAGGCCAUAGCCUUAUAUGGAUACUACACAAUUAAUUCAUUCUCAGCACAUUC